CUGGUUUGGUUGCUGAAUGGAUGGCGCAUUUUGCCAUGUGGCGGCUGCUUUUGGCAGCCAGCUGCUUGAGCUGCGGAUCUGGGAGUCGACAGCUGGCCUCGAAGACCGAAAUUUGUGAUGCCUUGUUGAACCCUCCCACAACGACGACUACGACGACCACCACGACGACCACCACGACGACCACGACGGAGUUGACUGCGGCGCCGGAGCUGACGACAGCGCCGCCGCUGACGACGUCGGUCACGACGUAUUCGACGCAGACGCUGACGACGUAUUCGACGUAUUCGACGCUUACGGAGACCACCACCUGGACGUCGAUCACGGCCACCACCAUCACCUUCACCACCACCACCAAAACCACCUUUGAGCAUGGCCAACUUCCAAUCUUGAAAAAUGAGUUCAAGAAUACCAUUAAAGAAGAUGGCAAGUUACUGGUGAAAGACCUCAUGUCGUGGCUCGCAACACGUUUGGUGGCACUCUUCGUGGGGUUGGCACUUUCAACACCUUUGCUGAUGCUGAUCAUCCACCGGUGCUCCAAGAGAUGUCGAUCUUGCACAAAUCGACUGAAAAGAAUGCAGUUUCGUGGGUGUACCGUGUUCAUCUUGCUGGUCACGCUUCUGUUGGCAGGGGGUGGAUCGCUGAUUCUAGCCUUCGAGGUUUUGGAUUCGGUGAGCGUAACCAUCAUAGAUGUGAGGGACUACUAUUUGAAGGACUUUGUCAGGAACAUUCUGCAAGACAUCUUAGCCGAGACCGUGAAGUUUGACUUGACAACGUUCACCACGUCUCGCCAAGAGCAGCUGAAUGCCACCCUGUGUAACCCCACGGAUGACAGAUUUGUGAUGCAUAGCUUAACCGCCAGUGCGGUCCUUGAUGGCUCCGAACUUCUGCGGGCCAACCUGGCACACAAGGUGGACAUUCCCCCGAUGUCCCUGGGUCAACUGGUGGUCGAUUACCAGAUGCUGCCCAACCCGGGUGGCAUGUUUGGUGGCACCUUGAGUGUGGUGGCUGGCAGCUGGAUUUCUCAUCAACUUGGCACUGAGGACGUUGCUUUGAUCUCCGUGUUACUGAAUAUAGAUUGCAAUGUGCGGGACAGUCGGGCUACUGUGGGGAUGAAGAUCAACGCCCCAUUGUUGCUGAGCCGUCUACCGAACUCAUUCCAUCUGCUGAAUCCGGAUUCCCAGACGAAGGUCAUUUCAGAAACAUUUUCGGAGCCCGACAAGGUAAUGUAUCAUCUUUACAAUGCCCUGCUGGGGGGGCUGGAGCAGUACCGAUUCUUCGAAUGGAAUUCCUUGGAGCUGGGUGGGCCAUUGAUGACUUGGGUUUACCUCAUCGUGUUUUUCGCCAGUCUCAUGUUGGUUGUGUCCAUUGCAGGCCUCGUCUUGAUGUUGAUGACCUGCGGGGCGGCCUGCCGCUGCCGCCGUCGCUCUGAGCCAGCUGUCGCUUUCAUCCAAUCGCCGCAGGCGUUGGGAUCCCCGGGCGUCGAGCUGGACAGCGUGGUCGGCCGCAGCUUAGCUUUCAUCGAGAUCGAUAUCCCUACGGAGGAGUUGAAACCGAAGCCACACAUGACAAGGUCAACAACAAAACCCCAGAUAGUACAGUCGUAGCAUUGCCGCAGUUGCCGCUGUACAGUCUCUCAGUGCUGUUUACCACAUCUUACCACCUUUCAGGCUGUCCCCGAAGGGGUCGCCUCUACGGCUUGCGACUUUACGAGUUUACGAACGACGAAUUCCUGGAAGAACACGU